AUGUGCUCUUACAAUCAGAUCAACAACAGCUAUGGAUGCCAGAACAGCGAGACCCUAAACAAGCUCCUGAAGGCUGAGCUUGGAUUCCAGGGUUUCGUCAUGAGUGACUGGAGUGCGCACCACAGCGGUGUUGGCUCUGCCUUGGCUGGUAUGGAUAUGUCCAUGCCUGGUGAUGUUAGCUUCAACGACGGUACUUCGUUCUGGGGCACGAACUUGACAGUCGGUGUCCUCAACGGCACGAUUCCCCAGUGGCGUGUGGAUGACAUGGCAGUCCGUAUCAUGGCUGCUUACUACAAGGUUGGCCGCGAUCGUCUUCACACCCCUCCCAACUUCAGCUCCUGGACCAGGGACGAGUACGGAUUUGAGCACGACGCGGUUUCCGAGGGUGCCUACGAGAGAGUCAACCAAUUUGUGGAUGUGCAGCGUGACCAUAGGGACAUCAUCCGUCGCGUGGGCGCUGACAGCAUCGUCCUCUUGAAGAACAAGAACGCUCUUCCGCUGACCGGCAAGGAGAAGAAGGUUGCCAUUCUCGGAGAAGAUGCCGGCUCCAACGCCUGGGGCGCUAAUGGCUGCGACGACCGUGGUUGCGACAACGGAACCCUCGCCAUGGCUUGGGGUAGCGGAACUGCGGAAUACCCCUAUCUUGUGACCCCCGAACAGGCUAUCCAGAACAAGGUUCUCCAAGGUCGCGGUAACGUUUUCUCCGUCACCCACAACUGGGCUCUUGAUAAGGUUGCCAAGCUCGCCUCGCUAUCCAGUGUUUCUCUUGUCUUCGUCAACGCCGAUGCGGGUGAAGGAUUUAUCAGCGUGGAUGGAAACGAAGGAGAUCGCAAGAACCUCACUCUUUGGAAGAACGGCGACAACCUGAUCAAGACUGCGGCUCAGAACUGCAACAACACCGUCGUCGUCAUCCACUCCGUCGGCCCCGUCCUGGUCGACGAAUGGUACAACCACCCUAACGUCACCGGUAUCCUCUGGGCUGGUCUGCCCGGCCAAGAGUCUGGAAACUCCCUGGCCGACGUGCUGUACGGAGAUGUCAAUCCUGGCGGCAAGAGCCCCUUCACCUGGGGCAAGACCCGCGAGUCGUACGGCGCUCCCUUGCUCACGAAGCCCAACAACGGCAAUGGGCCGCCCCAGGAGAACUUCGAGGAGGGUGUGUUCAUUGACUACCGCCACUUCGACAAGCGCAACGAGACUCCCAUUUACGAGUUUGGCUUUGGUCUCAGUUACACCACGUUUGAGUACUCGGGCCUGCAGAUUCAAUCCUUGAACGCAUCCAAGUACACCCCUACCUCUGGGAAAACGAAGGCUGCUCAGACUUUUGGCGAGAUUGACAAGGCCUCGGAACUCGUAUACCCCGACGGACACCAGAGAAUCCACGAGUACAUAUACCCGUGGCUUAACUCCACCGACCUGAAGAAGUCUUCGAGCGAUCCCCACUACGGAUGGAAGGACUCGCAGUACAUCCCCGAGGACGCCACCGAUGGCUCGCCCCAAGAUCUCCUGCCCGCUAGUGGCGGUCCCGGAGGUAACCCCGGCCUGUACGAAGACCUGGUUCGGGUUUCGGUCAAGAUUACCAACACUGGCCACGUUGCCGGCGACGAAGUACCUCAGCUGUAUGUCUCCCUUGGUGGCCCCAACGAGCCCCGAAAGGUGCUCCGUCAGUUCGAGCGAGUGCGUCUGGGUCCUUCGCAGCAGGUUGUGUGGUCUACCACGCUCACCCGCCGCGACCUGUCCAACUGGGACGUUGCAGCCCAAGACUGGGUGAUUACCAAGUACCCCAAGAAGGUCUUCGUUGGAAGCUCUUCGCGAAAGCUGCCGCUGCAGGGUUCAUUGCCCGUGGUGGCUUAG